AUGCCUCAGGUCGCCAUUCCUCCCAUAGUCGUUGUCGCUGCCCUCGCCGUGUCUCUAGCUGUUGCGCAGAGCACGUUCCCCGCCACGCCCUUGGUUUCCAAGAGGUUUUCGUAUCCUACCGGCAUACCCUACAAAGCGGACACCGACGUCGGUCUCAUUCGAGGAGAACAAUCUGGAUACAACAUCUGUAAUUCAACCACGGAGGGCCAGAAUUCUCUUUGUCAAACAGGUUUCAUCAACGGCCUGGAUGACUUUUGCUUGUGGGCUCCUUCCAAGGCCAACUCUACGAUUGCCGACACCGAAGGAGAAGAAGUCGCUUGGUGUACUAAACCUGGUCGUGGAACUCGUUUGAUACCCAGUGGUGCUUUGCAAGGUGUACAGUUUAUGAAGACACCGGAUUACAUCCAGGUUGUGGGGUACUUGAAUCAGUCAUUGAUCAACAUGCAGGAUGGUGAUUUCGGAGGAGAACUGGACCCGCACGGUGCAGAUUUGCGUGGAAACCCGAUGGGGGGUCUCUUGUAUACGCAACAGUUCAACACUCCAAGCGGCCAGUGGACGCAGGUCAUUGAAUGGCACAACUUCAUGGGUGGUGAGCGCUUCUGCUUCAAAGCUUGUGACCCCGCAGGAGCCCACGCAGCCGACUUCUGCCAACACAUCUUCGAUCGUAUCGGGUGUGCCUACAAUGCUCCCAACAACGCCACUCAAGGAGUCUUCGAAUCUUGCCUAGGAGAUAACCAGGACUUCCCCGGAAUAUACACCGUGAACGGUCAGGUGAUGACCUACACUCAACCUCCUGAGGAGGCAGGACCUAUCCCGCCCCUUCCGUAUCAGCCUCGUGUUCCUCCCAGCUCGAGCUGUACCCAGUUCGAUAGCGCAAAGUUGUACCCAGUUCAGACCGCUACUUCUGCUACUUCGACAAAUAACCAACCGUCUGGAACACAGUCUGGAGCUGGUGGUUCGCAGGGUACGCAGGGUAGUAAUGGAGGUCGGCGUGCUGGUGUUAGUGAGCUGAUUGGAAUGACGAGCGUUUCAUUUGUUGGCGUUUUCUUCUCGAUGUUGUUCUUUUCAUAG